CGGUCAUUAGAGGAAACGCCAGUUCACGGGAUUGGCCAGUCGUUUCAGCGGGUGCGAGAGAGAAAAUCUGGGGGCGUUCGCGCUUGAAAUUUCUCCCUUUGCCUAGGUACCACGGAGGAGCAGUUUCUUUGGUCGUUCUGUCCCUAGGCGUGCCCUGGCGUGCCGGCAUUUUGCCAUGUGUCGGCUGGCGAUCUGUGCGUCGCGUACAAGCACGAUCGUGCUGUCGAGGACCGGAUUCGUCGACGCAGGGUCUGAGCAUGCACUGCAUCAGGCCUAUCUACUGCUACCUCCGGCUGUCUGCCCUGCUGGCUUCAUCGGACAAAACAAGUCGCAGGAAGCUGUGCCACGUGCACUGCACUGGGACCACCUGACCAGCACGGUGACGUCGACGGAGACAUCGUGGCACCCGGAUAAAAGCAGCAGCCUUUUCGACGUUCCCUUCAGUGGACUUGGAAGCACCGAACGAGCACGGAUGCUGAUCAAAUUUUUUCUGAUCGCACAGCGCCCGUCUCGUGCUUCUGAAAAGAGCUUGCGGUAUUGGCGUGAACAGACAGGUUUCACAGAACUUUGUUUUAUGUCAAGAUGGGCUGACACCAUGUCACCUGAUGCUGUCACUCUCUGCACAAGCACCAAGAAGCCUGAUAAGUGUUGUGGUUGGUCUACAAAAUUAAGAAAAAUUAUGGGGUCUUACAUGCCAAAACCACUUUCUGAUAAUGAGGCAUGCCGUAGUGUGGGACUCCGGAAAUUUCUACCAACUGGGGUUCUUUAACGUGCACCUACAGUAAAUUUAAGUGCACGGGUGUUUUCGCCUUUUGCCCCCAUUGAAAUGCGGCAGCUCUGGCCGAGAUUCGAUCCUGCGACCUCGUGCUUAGCAGCCCAACACCACAGCCACUAAGCAACUAGGGCGGGUACAAAUUAAGUUCCUUGCCUACCCAAACAAAAAUGUUUGCAACAUGAUGUGCGUGGUAUACCAUCCUUGGGAAGGCAAGCUUAAUUGGUUGCUGUUGGCUUUGUGUCUUGCUUCACUCUUGAGCAGCACUUACUGACUGCACAGUAAUAAUAAGCUCCACCAAAUGGCUAGAUUACUUCUGUACUACUCCAAGUGUUCCAAGAAGACUUUUGGAACACGAAGUAGAAAAAAAAUUUCUGCUCCUAAACUGCUCCAGAAUGUCAAGUUUGUGCUUGAAACCCUAAACUGUCUUGACCACCACUGAGGGGUUGAUCUUCAACAUCACUUAUAUACUUAAGAUAAAAUCUUGAGUAACACUUACUGGUUGUCUAAACAUUUUGAAAUGGUUUCACAGGUUCUAAUUUAACACUUACAUGCACUUUUUAAAACAGCAGUGAAUAACGAUUUCGGUAACAUAUUUCAGUAUUCUACAGUUGAUUUGGAGGAUUAUGCGCCAUCACUGGUCUGCAAUUAUGGAAGUUUAGAGAUAAAAAAAUGGGGGCAAUAAUGCCUACGUUUUACACAUUGUCAUUGUACAGAACACAACCUAUGCAACUUGCUAUAAAACUGAUUUAUAUAGUAUUUGAAAUUACCAUAAGAGUAUGUAAACAGCUGGGGUUUCAUAGUUCUAGGUUCUUGUUAUGUUUUAGACUAGCACCUCCCUUUAAAUGGCAGUAAAAGGCAUGCAUAAAUUUUUUUUUUGGACUGCCUGAUUUUCUAAAUGUUUUGUUCUUGCAGUCCUCGGGGAACCACCCAUCGCCACCAAGAAAAAGCACUUUUGACUGUAGCAGUAAUCAGUGAUUCGCCUAAUUGGCAAACAGUUCAGGAUGCCAAACAGCCUCUUGACAGCUGUACCUCUGACAGAAGGCACUAAUACACAGUGCAAUGCACUGUUUCUGCACUCUAGACUGUGGGAUUCUCAUCCCGUACCUUGGGUCAAAGGAACGACAAUCACAAGGGCAUUUAUUGCACCUUUCAUAAAUCAAUGCCUGCUAGCAGAGUUGCUAUCCACAAAACAUGCCGAUGGGCGUGCGACAAAUCGCGGAAGUCCGACUCACCGCGACCGGAUAGCGAGCGAAUUAUGUUCGCCCCUUGCUGGAUCCCAAUGCCUGGUCGUUCACGCGUACGGUCACGCGAACGGUGGCUCUUUCGCACAAGGCCUCACGAGACGAUCUCGCAGAAGCAUGGAUCGGCGCACGGGCGGCACGUUUGUGCUGCUUGCCGUCCCAAACCAAAGAGGAAACGUGUUCUCCCUUGCGCCCCCAAGUAACCCUGCCAUGAGGCGGCGUUAGCAGCGCAACACUCGCGUGGCCUGGGGCCCGCGGCGAAGCCGCAAUGCAGGAGACGGAAGAUAUGCGGGAAAAACAACAUAUCAGGGGACGUGUGACAGUCGCGCAUCCCCACAAGACAAAUGUGAUAAGAGCUGUAUUAUGUGACCUAUUAUAACUCCGUGGUGACAAUACAGACAGGAUAUGCAGGGCAUGUAGCGAUGAGGUCAGUAGCAAUGGAAUGAUAUCACCAGUGUACAGAGCGCUAAAUUCAUUCUUGCUCUGUUACUGAUAAUUGAGAACUCCAUCAAAUGAAAAAUUAAGAGAAAUAUCAUGUGUGAAGGAAUACUACUCAUCAUAUCUAUUGCAAUUAUUCUCGGACAGCAUUCCCUCUUUCUUGCUUUUAUUAUUAAUGCAUUUAUAUAGUACUGCUCACCUGCUGUUCCAUGUGUUCCAUCGACACAUAUACGAUCAGUUUCAAGCCUCUUGAAAAGCUCCUGUUGUGGUGUGGUCAUGAUGACUAGCAUAAGAUCUCUGUCAUCCAAAAGGUCCUCAUUUUUUUUCUCUAAGAAAAUGUCACUUUUUGUUGGGUUGUCCUUGGUGUUUAAAGAAGAGCAAUGGGUUUUCCUUUUCACUAUGCAUCCUCUCAACCCAGAGUUGCAUGCUCACAUAGUCAUUAUCGUGCAGCCGCUCGGUCUUCGAGACUCUGGCAUCCCUCAUUAUUUUGCGGAGAUCCUGCUUGCUUAACAGGUUAAUGCGGUGGAAUGUCUCAUCCACGUUGGACCGCACAUUAUCCAGUACUGCAUCCAUGGACACGCCUUCUCGCAGCUUGUCUUGAGAGAGUAGAGAAAAAGUGUAUAUUAGUUGAAGCAUAAGUAAAAAUUACCGAGCACGCAAGGAAGUGAAAUGGGCACUGAUGAACAUUUUUAAUAUCAUUAUUUAGAAUUCCUUUAAUUGAAUAAUGAGUUACAUUGACUUACAAAAACCUUUUGCAAUGGUGUGUGUUAAAUAGUUCAAGCUGUCGCAAUUUUUGUUCUUUUUAGGUCAGCUCUUUGCAAGGACAUGGUGCUAUGCAGCCUUCAGCUGCUGAAGAGGCAAGAUUACAUUUCUGAAUUACACUACACGAUUACAUUACAUUUGAAGAGGCAAGAUUACAUAUUUAAGUGUUUCAA